AUACCAGGCCUGUAGUUGGCGAUGUUUGAACACGUAAUACGCAUGAAGUCACCAAUUUCACAAAUGCACCUUUUGAAGUUUAUAAGGAGAUGAUAAUGGUUUCGUUUUAAAAAAACAUGCACUUUGAAAGCCCCAAAAUGUAUAUGAAGUUAUGAACAGCCAAAAGAUGCCAUUUUAUUACUUGGAGUCCUGUAAACGUUCCUUUCGAUGUCUAAAUUCACUACUUUAAGUGCACAACAUUCGUGAAGUAAUGUACUAGGGAGUAGUGAAUGAGAGUAAAGGGGGCUAUUUUGUACACAGCCAAAAACUUUAUGGUAAAUGACAGAAUAAUAAAUUGGCCUAUUUCUGUGUUUUUACAGUUCGUCUCCGCUGUACCAACAGAAGCCAAACUUACUAAACUGGAAGCUCAUCCAACAGCUCAUCUUGAACUUGGGCACACGGAGAAAGUUUUUCCUUGGGCUGAAACAAAUGAUUUGAGCUCUUGUGAAACUAUUUUAACAAAGAAGCUUCAAAAUCUCGAGUUACAGAUGAAAGGGUUGCAUCCCAGCAGUGUGGAGCGCUCGGCCCCAUUUUUACUUACACCACCAAACCCACUGCAAAACCUUGAGCUGAUGGAUCCUGAAACAGACCAGCAGGAGACGAUAUCACACCAUCAGACCUCCAAAUACCUUACUGAUAUCAAACAAGAAGGUGAGGGUGAUGAGGAAGAUGUGUUUGUGCUGGAGUUGCAGAGAGGAUCAUGUGGUUUGGGUCUGGCAUUGGUAGAUGGACAGGAAACACCAUUUAAAGUCAAUGGAAUAUACAUCAAAUCCGUAAUGCCGGAAUCUCCUGCUGCUUUGUCCCAGCGGCUGAGACCAGGGGAUCGUAUUCUAGCAGUGAAUGGACUCAGUCUGGUUGGGGUGGACUACCAAACUGGCAGGGAGCUCAUUCAGACAUCAGGAGACAGACCCCGAUUACUAGUUGCCAAAUCUGACAGAAAUACAAGAGAAGCAUAACAUUCCUCCCACAAAACAACUUUUCUACAUUUUUUACCAAAUGCUUUUAUGUGUAUAUGUCUUUUAUUUUAUUGUUAUACGCAAGGCCGCCUUAAUGCACGGGCUU